CUUACUAGCACGCACGCGGCGGCGGAGCUCGGGGAGCUGCGCUUCCGGCCAGGCGUUCGCUCGGGGCGUCCCGCCGCGCUUCCUUCAGGCAGUCUCGGUCCCACGUGCUUCCGCCGUGCAGUCGCUCGGGUCGGGAUCUUCUGGUGCAGUGAUAGUCUUUCACCAUGCAUCGGAAAAAGGUGGACAACCGAAUUAGGAUUCUCAUUGAGAAUGGGGUAGCUGAGCGGCAGAGGUCUCUCUUUGUUGUUGUUGGGGAUCGUGGAAAAGAUCAGGUGGUAAUACUCCAUCACAUGUUAUCCAAAGCAACUGUAAAGGCUCGACCUUCAGUGCUGUGGUGUUAUAAGAAAGAGCUGGGGUUCAGCAGUCACCGCAAGAAGAGAAUGCGACAGCUACAAAAGAAAAUAAAGAACGGGACCUUGAACAUAAAGCAAGAUGACCCGUUUGAGCUCUUCGUAGCAGCCACAAACAUUCGCUACUGCUACUACAACGAGACCCACAAGAUCCUGGGAAACACUUUCGGCAUGUGUGUCCUGCAGGAUUUUGAAGCCUUAACUCCAAACCUACUGGCCAGGACUGUGGAAACAGUAGAAGGUGGUGGGUUAGUGGUUAUCCUCCUACGGACCAUGAACUCACUGAAGCAGUUGUACACAAUGACAAUGGACGUGCAUUCCAGGUACAGGACUGAGGCCCAUCAGGAUGUGGUGGGAAGAUUUAAUGAAAGGUUUAUUCUGUCUCUGGCAUCUUGUAAGAAGUGUCUGGUCAUUGAUGACCAACUUAACAUUCUGCCCAUUUCCUCCCACGUGGCCAGUAUUGAGGCCCUACCUCCGCAAGCUCCGGAUGAGAAUCUCAGUCCUUCUGCUCUGGAGCUGCGAGAGUUGAAAGAGAGCUUGCAGGACACUCAGCCUGUGGGUGUGUUGGUGGACUGCUGCAAGACCUUGGACCAGGCCAAAGCUGUCUUGAAGUUCAUUGAGGGCAUCUCAGAGAAGACCCUGAGGAGUACCGUUGCUCUCACUGCUGCACGAGGACGGGGAAAAUCUGCAGCCCUGGGAUUGGCUAUUGCUGGGGCGGUAGCAUUUGGGUACUCCAAUAUUUUUGUUACCUCCCCAAGCCCCGACAACCUUCAUACUCUUUUUGAGUUUGUAUUUAAAGGAUUUGAUGCUCUGCAAUAUCAGGAGCACCUGGAUUAUGAGAUUGUUCAGUCUUUAAACCCCGAGUUUAAUAAAGCAGUGAUUCGGGUGAAUGUGUUCCGAGAGCACAGGCAGACUAUCCAGUAUAUACACCCUGCAGACGCUGUGAAACUGGGCCAGGCGGAGCUUGUUGUGAUUGACGAAGCUGCUGCCAUCCCCCUUCCCCUGGUGAAGAGCCUGCUCGGCCCCUACCUCGUCUUCAUGGCAUCCACAAUCAACGGCUACGAGGGCACUGGCCGGUCAUUGUCCCUGAAGCUAAUUCAGCAGCUGCGCCAGCAGAGUGCCCAGAGCCAGGUUAGCACCACUGCUGAGAACAAGACCACGAUGACAGCCAGACUGGCCUCAGCGCGAACGCUGCACGAGGUUUCCCUCCAGGAGUCAAUCCGCUAUGCCCCCGGGGAUGCCGUGGAAAAGUGGCUGAAUGACCUGCUGUGCCUUGAUUGCCUCAACAUUACUCGAAUAGUGUCAGGCUGCCCCUUGCCUGAGGCCUGCGAGCUCUACUGUGUUAAUAGAGACACCCUCUUCUGCUACCACAAGGCCUCUGAAGUUUUCCUCCAGCGGCUCAUGGCCCUGUAUGUGGCUUCUCACUAUAAGAACUCCCCCAAUGACCUCCAGAUGCUUUCUGAUGCACCAGCUCACCAUCUCUUCUGCCUUCUGCCUCCUGUGCCCCCAACCCAGAAUUCCCUACCUGAAGUGCUUGCGGUCAUCCAGGUGUGCCUUGAGGGGGAGAUUUCUCGCCAGUCCAUCUUGAAUAGUCUGUCUCGAGGCAAGAAGGCUUCUGGGGACCUGAUCCCAUGGACAGUGUCGGAACAGUUUCAAGAUCCAGACUUCGGUGGACUUUCUGGUGGGAGAGUUGUGCGCAUUGCUGUUCACCCAGAUUAUCAAGGGAUGGGCUAUGGCAGCCGAGCUUUGCAGCUGCUGCAGAUGUACUACGAGGGCCGGUUCCCUUGCCUGGAGGAAAAGGUCCUUGAGACAUCACAAGAAAUCCACACCGUGAGCAGUGAGGCCGUCAGCCUGCUGGAAGAGGUCAUCACUCCCAGGAAGGACCUGCCUCCUUUGCUUCUCAAGUUGAAUGAGAGGCCAGCGGAGCGCCUGGAUUACCUGGGUGUUUCCUAUGGCAUGACUCCCAGGCUCCUCAAGUUCUGGAAACGAGCUGGAUUUGUUCCCGUCUAUUUGAGACAGACCCCAAACGACCUGACUGGAGAACACUCCUGUAUCAUGCUGAAGACACUGGCAGAUGAAGAGGAGGCCGAGCAGGGAGCCUGGCUUGCUGCCUUUUGGAAAGAUUUCCGGAGGCGGUUCCUGGCCUUACUGUCCUACCAGUUCAGCACCUUCUCUCCCGCUCUGGCUCUGAACAUCAUUCAGAACAAGAACAUGGGGAAGCCAGCCCAGCCAGCCCUAGGCCGGGGCCAGCUGGAGGAACUGUUCCUCCCCUAUGACCUGAAGCGGCUAGAGAUGUACUCACGGAACAUGGUCGACUAUCACCUCAUCAUGGACCUGGUCCCCACCAUCUCCCGCUUGUAUUUCCUGAACCAGCUGGGGGACCUGGCCCUGUCUGCUGCCCAGUCAGCCCUUCUUUUGGGAAUUGGUCUGCAGCACAAGUCUGUGGACCAGCUGGAAAAGGAGAUUGAGCUGCCCUCAGGCCAGUUGAUGGGGCUUUUCAAUAGGAUCAUCCGCAAAAUCGUCAAGUUGUUUAAUGACGUGCAGGAAAAGGCCAUUGAGGAGCAGAUGGUGGCAGUGAAGGAUGUCGUCAUGGAGCCCACAAUGAAGACCCUCAAUGAUGACCUGGAUGAAGCAGCAAAGGAAUUCCAGGAGAAGCACAGGAAGGAAGUGGGGAAGCUGAAGAGCAUGGACCUCUCUCAAUACAUCAUCCGUGGGGACGAUGAAGAGUGGAAUGAAGUCUUGAACAAAGCUGGGCAGAACGCCUCCGUCGUCAGCCUGAAAAGUGACAAGAAAAGGAAGUUGGAAGCUAAACAAGAGCCCAAGCAGAACAAAAAGUUGAAGAAAAACAGAGAUAUGAAGAACAAGAAAGAUCUGAAGCUGAAGCGGAAGAAGUAGUGAAGUGUGAGGAGACGCGGGACUCGCAAACCACCUCUGGCCAGGUUGGACGGCAGCCUGGUCGGGAGCAGCGAGAGGCCUGAGCAAGCCCAGGUGCCAGCGCGGAAUCAGUCUGCAGGCCUCACUUGACGUUGGUGCACCCACCCUGGCCGAGGGCAGUCACUCCCACAUGAUCUGCUUAGGACUUAGUGGGUGGGCCAGGCUCUAGCACUUCAGGGGACUGUCUCCCUUCCCCCACUUCAGCACCCUUCCUGUCCAUACGUUCAUACUUACUUCGGGCCAGCCUUUCAGGUUCAUUGCUAUUCAUGGGGAAGCUCCUGGCCUCACUGUAAGGCUUUCUUGUGCACUGCUAGUUCUCAUCAUGGACUUGUCCGAACAUACACCAGAGACCCGGAGCAGCAGGACCUCUCAUGUGUCUUCUGUUCCACUUCUGGCUGCAGGGAGCCUCUGCACCCAGUGUCCAAGGAAAACCCAAGCCUGCAGUUAAGGAGACUGCAACAUCUAUGCCCUGUUUGUUGUAUCAUUUUGGGGAAAGAACAUCAGGGAAGGCUGUUUUGUUGGCAUGGGUGAGGGGAAGAAUAGAGGAUCUAUUUUUAAUAAAAUAACAUCCUAGAAGACCAUUA